UUGUGCAGUAGUCUGUGUUCUCCAGCAUUACACCGUGGUCUAGCUUGUUCUGCUCACCCUCUCAUUUUAACCCUUCCAACCACCUGCUUGCUGAAGAGAAAUGGAUUGGGCUGAUCCCGUUCCGAUAUUUCUGGUGGUUGCCCUGACCCUCAUGUUUAUUAUAAAAAUUGCAAGGUUCUGGAGUACCCGCAUCAGAAGGGAUUUUCCCCCAGGACCAAGGCCUUUACCCAUCAUUGGAAACCUGCACAUCAUCGAUCUGAAGAGACCCUACCGGACUCUCAUUGAGCUGUCAAAAUCGUAUGGGCCAGUCUUCAGCAUUCAGAUGGGAUUCACAAAGAUGGUGGUGCUCUCAGGCUACGAGACAGUGAAGGAAGCUCUGGUGAAUCAGGCAGAUGCAUUUGCAGAGAGGCCUAAAAUUCCAGUAUUUGAAGACUUAUUCAAAGGAAAUGGAAUUAUUUUUGCACGUGGUGAAAACUGGAAAGUGAUGCGAAAAUUUACUCUCUCAACCUUGCGAGACUUUGGGACGGGCAAGGCAGCCAUUGAGGACCGGAUAGUUGAAGAGUGUGAACAUCUGAUAGAGAAUAUUGAAUCUCAGAAAGGCAAACCCUUUGAUCCCACAAUAAUAAUGAAUGCAGCAGCCGCUAAUAUAAUCGUAUCCAUAUUACUCGGAAAGCGGUUUGGCUAUGAAGAUCCCCAGUUCAUUAGACUCCUAUAUUUGAUUACUGAAAGUAUAAGGGUUAGUGGAUAUCCCUCAGUUGCAGUCUAUAAUAUGUUCCCAGCCCUUGGAUUUCUCCUGAAGGGUCACAAAACUCUUCUUCGAAAUAGAGAAGAAAUUCUUGCUUUUGUACAAAUUACUUUCAUAGAACACCUCAAAAACCUAGACAAAAACGACCAGAGAAGUUUGAUUGAUGCUUUCCUCAUAAAACAGCAGGAGGAGAAAAAUGACAGUGAUGGUUAUUUCCACAAUGAGAAUUUAAAAACCCUUGUAACCAAUCUGUUUAGUGCUGGCAUGGAGACCACUUCCAUUACACUACGCUGGGGCUUUCUGCUAAUGAUGAAGCACCCCAAAAUUCAGGAAAAAGUCCAAGAUGAGAUAGCAAGAGUUCUAGGAUCAAAUCCACCGCGAACUGAACAUCGAACUAAGAUGCCCUACACGGAUGCCGUUGUCCAUGAAAUCCAGAGGUUUGCCAACAUCCUGCCAUUGAAUCUACCUCAUGAAACUACGGUAGAUGUCACUCUCAAAGGCUACUUCAUCCCAAAAGCUACCUACAUCAUCCCCUUGCUGACCUCCGUGCUGCGAGACCAGUCAGAGUGGGAGAAGCCAGAUGUUUUCUAUCCUGAGCAUUUUCUUGACCCUGAAGGAAAAUUUGUAAAGAAAGAGGCCUUCAUGCCAUUCUCAGCAGGCCGCAGGAUAUGUGUGGGUGAGAAUCUUGCCAAAAUGGAGCUCUUCCUCUUCUUCACGAGCCUCCUGCAGAGGUUCACGUUUCACCCUGCCCCUGGCCUUUCCAGCUCAGACCUGGACCUCACCCCUGCAGUUGGGCUUGGUGCACCGCCAAUGCCCUAUCAGAUCUGUGCAGUGCCCCGGGUUUAGGGCUUCUGCUCUAGCAGCCAUGCCUUACCUGUGUGGUUUCAUUUCCCUCCAUUCCCCACCACCCUACCUCCUGCCGCACACAUCCAUACAACUCAUUGCUUUCUUCUCUGCUUUCCACUUUGUGUGGAGCUGGGUGAUUUUGGAGGGGGUGCGGGGGGGGGAGGGAGAGGUCGGGGUAUACCACUGCUUUAGUGGCCUGGAAUAAGGGCAUACAGAAUUUCUCAAAUAGAAUUUGCAAGUAAGUUAGUUAACUUGAGUUGAUUGCCACAAACAGGAGCUGCCUAUACCUCUUGUGCCAAGCAUGCCUUAGUUUCAUAGUUUCAUAGUUUCGUAGGUUCAUAGUAGGUAGGGUCGGAAGGGACCUGAGCAGAUCAUCAAGUCCAACCCCCUGUCAUGACAGGAAAAAGUACUGGGGUCAAACGACCCCGGCAAGCUGUUCAUCCAGCCUCCUCUUAAAGACCCCCAGGAUAGGAGCAAGCACCACCUCUCUUGGAAGUUGGUUCCAGAUCCUCACAGUGAAGUAGCACCUUCUGAUAUCUAGCCUAAAUCUACCCUCUGCCAGCUUGUGACCAUUAUUCCUUGUCACUCCUGGUAGUGCUUGGGGGACCAGGGACUCCCCCAAUGCCUGCUGGUCCUCCCUGACUAGUUUCUAAACGGCACUAGAUCCCCCCUCAGGCUUCUCUGGUGGAGGCUGAACAGGUUCAGGUCCCUUAGCCUUUCCUCGUAGGGCCUGCCCUGCUCCCCCUGAUAAUGCGAGUGGCCCUCCUCUGGACCCUCUCCUUGUUAUCCACAUCCCUCCUGAAGUGCAGUGCCCAGAACUGGAUUCAGUGCUCCAACUGUGGCCUGACAAGUGUCGCAUAGAGGGGGAGGAUCACCUCCUUGGACCUGCUCAUGAUGCAUCUGUGGAUGCAUGACAAGGUGCGGUUGGCCUCCCUGACCGCGUCCCCACACUGCUGGCCCAUGUUCAUUUUGGCAUCAGUAAUGACUCCAAGAUCCUUUUCUGCCUCUGUGCUGACGAGAAGGGAGUUCCCCAAACAGUAGGCAUACUGCUGGCUCUUCCUCCCCAGAUGCAGCACCUUGCAUUUGUCAGUGUUGAAACCCAUCCUGUUCUCAUCCGCCCACCCCUGUAACCUGUCUAGGUCCGAUUGCAGCCUAUUCCUCCCUUCUAGCGUGCCAACUUCCCCCAGCAUCUUAGGUUGCCUUGAGUCGGCCACUCCUGGUCCACCUCCUUUAGAGGGCAAUUACUAUAUGUAAAAUGCUUAUCUGAAAACUCAAACUUUUCAUGCUUUUCUUUUGCUUCCAGAAGAUCUCUUGUGUGGUACAGCAGCUUAACAAGCUUUUCAGAUGUUUUGAGGCUAGAGGACACAUUUAGAUAAGCCCUCCUAUAUAUCACACAGCUUUAACUGUCUUCUAGUAACUCCUGUAGACAUCCAAGUUAUGUGUCUUUGGCUAAAGCAUAUCUUCCAGAAAGACAAAGGUACUGAUGCAUGGCAAUGCUGAGCAUCACAGCACAUCUCUUCAGGUGCCUUACCCUCCUAGCAAAAUCUGAAACAAUGUGAAGGUCUAUUGCACAUUUCCGGUGCCCAAUUCCCCAAAAGGUGAAUAUAUAGAGCUGUUUGCACUUCUCCCAGUACCCUGUAUGCAGUUUGUCAGGAAUAAUUCAGAAAUGAUUGCUUAGUUCAUUAAUGUCCACCUUCUGAAUGGAGAGUGGUUAUAUGCCAUAUGGCCCACAGGCCCCUGGGAUGAAUGCUGCAUGUGCCACAGGCCCCUCUGCCAUGUGAGUGGCCUCUGUCAUGAAGGUGGCCUGGGCAGCCCGUUGUCCUUACCUCCCUCCUGGCUACACAUGCAUCACAGACCACCAGCCCCUCCCUUGCUGUAUGGGCAACCCAGCUCUGCUCCUACCCCUCAGAUGGUGUCCUCCCACUACUGUUCCCCAACCCCAGCAGUUGGGGGCAGGAAGAAAAAGCCAAAAGAUAGAGGGGAAGUCUGCAGACCCUGGCUGCCAUAGCAGCAGGAACAACUGGGGAGAGGCAGCAGGGUUACAUGAGGCCAGUGGGUCACCAGUUGGACAGCUCUAGCUUAGCAGGUCUGAUUCAGCAAAAACCCAUACAUUCUUGACAACAUUACCAAGCCCCUUGGUCUAGGUUUACUCUCAAAUAAAUCUUUAUUAAAUCUUUAUUAAAAUUUGUUUAAAAUGUAUUUACUCUCUAAUAAAUCUUCCCAACAGGA